ACGACGCAAACAGGUCAUGGCAUGAUCAUAAGAUAUUGAUAUAUCAUGACCCCAGAGACACUGUUCCUCCGAUAACCUUUUCAUAAAACCCGCAACCUCCAUGUCGAGUCGAUUAUAAUGGAUCGAGUGGACUAUAUGAAAUCCACUGGCCUUACUUCCGUGGCAGGACGACAGAAUGUCCGGGACAUCCGAAACAUUUUUGCACGAUGCUCGACUAGAAUCGGCACUAGCCAGAGAGGUGUCGAACAUUUUAUUGGAAGUGUUGGACAAAAUAUGGCCAAUAGUACUAGACCGAUCACAUCCGCAUAAGUGUUUGCAGGCGACACUUGAUGUGGCAUUACAUCAGAUUGAGCUGAUAGAGCAAAAAGCCAAAUAUACGAGUCUUCAGAGAGAAAAUGAUAACCUCAAGAAGAAGAUCCGUGCAUCGCAAGCGAUCCUCGACCUAAAUCGCCAUCUUUCAGAUUCCGAUUAGCACGAGAUCCAACCUAUAAUGUGUGCAUUUAUCAGAAGUGAGAGUAACGCAGUUGUCAUUUAUCGCUUCCUCUUUUCAAUGUCUUUGAUUUUGGAACUG